CCCCAAGCCUUCUGUUUCUUGCCUCUGGUAGGUUCCACAAUGGUACAGGCAGCAUCACGCUGCACAAUGGUUUCCAGGCAGUGAAAGAGGGUGAUUCAGCAACCACUCUUCCUUUUUUUUCCCCCUCCCUCCCCCUCCCUUUAUUUUGAUUUUAAGGGUGAUACUUGUUAUAAGCUUAUUUUUUUCUUUUUCCGUUUUCCUUUUUUUUUUUUUUUGGUUGCAAAUUCCUUGAAGCCCUUUUGACCUCCAAUUUCUGGGGCCUGAAGAAUUUUAAGACUGUAUCUGGAAAUUACCUUUUUUUUUUUAAAUCAUUCUAAAUAAUUCCCCCUCCCCCAAAGAAGCUCUUCCCCAUUCCAAUUUGGAAUGUGCUUAUGAGAAGCAAAUAGGGAGCCCCUUGAUGCAAACACUGCUGGACCAGGAUCUUAAUUCUCAGGCACGGCAUGAGAUUCUGGGACAGAUUUGGGCAGAGGAGAGAAGGGAGAUGGGAGAGACUCCAUUACGGGAUAAUCAGAGUCACUGCAAUUUCAGGUACACAGGGCUAGAAUUGGAAGCUGACAUCAGCAGGAGUGUCUCAGAUCUCACUAUGACACCUCAUGCAUGAAGUUAAGACCCUCCCCCAUACAUGAGUACCAACGCAAGCAGUGUAUGGUGCCAGUGGUAGAUGGCUACCUGGGGAAGCUGGAGGCCAACUGGAAGAGUCUGAAUGGAGUUCCCUGGCACAUGAUCUGUUUCUUCCUGGCUGCUUGCAAACUUUUCUCUUUCAUUUGGGAGCUGUGGAUCUUGGCAACCAUAUUUCUGGGUAUUUAUGAGCCGCUACUUCUUGUCCUACUUCAGUGAACCUACCUUCGAUGUGAAAGUUGCCUUUUGUCAGGGUUUUGAUAAACAAGUGGAUGUGUCAUAUAUUGCCAAACAUUACAACAUGAGCAAAAGCAAAGUAGACAACCAGUUCUACAGUGUAGAAGUGGGAGAUUCAACGUUCACAGUUCUCAAACGCUACCAGAAUCUAAAGCCGAUUGGUUCUGGGGCUCAGGGAAUCGUUUGUGCUGCGUAUGAUGCUGUCCUUGACAGAAAUGUGGCCAUUAAGAAGCUUAGCAGACCAUUUCAGAACCAAACACAUGCCAAACGAGCUUAUAGAGAACUGGUCCUCAUGAAGUGUGUGAAUCAUAAAAACAUUAUCAGUUUAUUAAAUGUCUUCACACCACAGAAAUCACUGGAAGAGUUCCAAGAUGUUUACCUUGUGAUGGAAUUGAUGGAUGCAAACCUGUGUCAGGUCAUUCAAAUGGAAUUGGAUCACGAGCGCAUGUCUUACCUCCUGUACCAAAUGUUAUGUGGCAUCAAGCACCUUCACUCUGCCGGGAUCAUCCACAGGGAUUUAAAGCCCAGUAACAUUGUGGUGAAGUCUGAUUGCACAUUGAAAAUUCUGGACUUUGGACUGGCCAGGACCGCAGGCACAAGUUUCAUGAUGACUCCAUAUGUGGUCACACGCUAUUACAGAGCACCAGAAGUCAUCCUGGGAAUGGGCUACAAAGAGAAUGUGGAUAUAUGGUCUGUAGGAUGCAUUAUGGGAGAAAUGGUUCGCCACAAAAUCCUCUUUCCAGGAAGAGAUUAUAUUGAUCAAUGGAACAAAGUAAUCGAGCAACUAGGAACACCAUGUCCAGAGUUCAUGAAGAAACUGCAACCGACAGUAAGAAACUACGUGGAGAAUCGGCCCAAGUAUGCAGGCCUUACUUUCCCCAAGCUCUUUCCAGACUCCCUCUUCCCUGCUGACUCCGAGCACAAUAAACUUAAAGCCAGCCAAGCCAGGGACCUAUUGUCAAAGAUGCUAGUGAUUGAUCCAGCCAAAAGGAUAUCAGUGGAUGACGCCUUACAGCAUCCAUACAUCAACGUCUGGUAUGAUCCUGCUGAAGUGGAGGCGCCUCCUCCACAGAUAUAUGAUAAACAGCUGGAUGAAAGAGAACAUACCAUUGAAGAAUGGAAAGAACUGAUCUAUAAGGAAGUAAUGAAUUCUGAAGAAAAGAUUAAAAAUGGAGUUGUAAAAGGACAACCUUCUCCUUCAGGUGCAGCAGUGAACAGCAGCGAGAGCCUCCCUCCAUCCUCUUCUGUCAACGACAUCUCCUCCAUGUCCACUGACCAGACCCUGGCAUCUGACACUGACAGUAGCUUGGAGACCUCGGCAGGACCACUUGGUUGUUGCAGGUGACUAGCCGCCUGCCUGCGAAACCCAGCGUUCUUCAGAAGAUGAGGAGACUGGAAAGAUGCACAACCGUGCGUGUGGGAUGUGCUAAUGAAGAGAAAAUGGGAAGGAAGAGAACAGAAUCUAAAAUUGAGACCAAUCUUUCAGCUUGCUUCUUCUGCAGAGUUAUGUAUUGCAACUCAACCCAAGUGUAUAUUUAACUUAUAAUUGCUCUGCUUUCUUCUUCUUCUUCUUCUUCCAGUGAUGCUUACUGCAGAAAACAAAAUACACACACACACACACACACACACACACACACACAAUUAAAGAAGCCUUUUCCCAUAAAGUAUACAUGAAUGGCUACCAAACCAGCAACCUGCGCCCACCCUCUCACCGGCAUGGCAAGGUGUGCAAUGGCCCCUGCAUGUGUCUCUAUCUUGCAUCUACCUGCUCCUUUUGGCCUAGUCAGAUGGAUGUAGAUACAGAUCCACAUGUGUCUCUCUACACACAGCACGGCAUUUCCAUAGAGAUGAUAUAGUGUCUUUAGUGCUGCUCAGAUACAGUACAUAACUGUGUUACUCAGUGGUCCAUUUCAUGUGAACUCUUACUAUGACAUAAACCCAUCUGUAAUAUCUUGCCAGCAUAUAAGCUGUUUAGUUUGUUAAUUAAGUUGUAUGUCUUAUAAGAAGCUUUGUAAAAAGGGGGAAAAUUUGUGAGUGAGCACUCUCAGAUACUUGAAGAUAAUGUAGCAUCCAAAUUCGAGCUGAUUAAAAUGUUAUCUGUAUACCA